AUGCGGGGGGGCCCGGGCGAUGCCGAGCGGCGUCAGCGCUGGGGUCGCCUCUUCGAAGAGCUGGACAGUAACAAGGAUGGUCGCGUGGACAUUCGCGAGUUGCGCCAGGGACUGGCCCGGCUGGGCGGGGGCGAUCCGGACCGCGGCGCCCAACAGGGCAUCCCCCCUGAGGGUGACACUGACCCAGAUGGCGGCCUUGACCUGGAGGAGUUUAUCCUCUACCUGCAGGAGCGGGAACAGCGCCUUUUACUUCUGUUCCACAGUCUGGACCGGAAUCAGGAUGGUCAGAUUGAUGUCUCUGAGAUCCAGCAGAGUUUCCGAGCCCUGGGCAUUUCCAUCUCACUGGAACAGGCAGAGAAAAUCCUGCACAGCAUGGACCGUGAUGGCACCAUGACCAUUGACUGGCAGGAGUGGCGUGACCACUUCCUGUUGCAUUCGCUGGAGAAUGUGGAAGAUGUGCUGUAUUUCUGGAAGCAUUCCACGGUCCUGGAUAUUGGUGAGUGCCUGACUGUCCCGGAUGAGUUCUCGGAGCAGGAGAAGCUGACUGGCAUGUGGUGGAAGCAGCUGGUGGCGGGCGCAGUGGCGGGUGCCGUGUCCCGGACAGGCACAGCCCCUCUGGACCGCCUCAAGGUCUUCAUGCAGGUCCACGCCUCCAAGACCAACCGGCUCAACAUCCUGGGGGGCCUCCGGAGCAUGAUCCAAGAGGGGGGUGUGCGCUCCCUGUGGCGUGGCAACGGGAUUAAUGUGCUCAAGAUUGCACCUGAGUCAGCAAUCAAGUUCAUGGCCUAUGAGCAGAUCAAGCGGGCCAUCCGGGGGCAACAGGAGACAUUGCACGUGCAGGAGCGCUUUGUGGCUGGCUCCCUGGCUGGUGCCACAGCCCAAACCAUCAUCUACCCCAUGGAGGUGCUGAAGACACGACUGACCCUUCGCCGGACAGGCCAGUACAAGGGGCUGCUGGACUGUGCGUGGCAGAUCCUGGAGAGAGAAGGUCCCCGUGCCUUCUACCGUGGCUACCUGCCCAACGUUCUGGGCAUCAUCCCCUACGCGGGCAUCGACCUGGCCGUCUAUGAGACCCUGAAGAACCAGUGGCUCCAGCAGUAUAGCCAUGAUUCAGCUGACCCGGGCAUCCUCGUCCUCCUGGCCUGUGGCACCAUCUCCAGCACGUGCGGCCAGAUAGCCAGCUACCCACUGGCCCUUGUCCGGACCCGCAUGCAGGCCCAAGCCUCCAUUGAGGGAGCCCCCCAGCUCUCCAUGCUGGGUCUCCUCCGUCACAUCCUAUCCCAGGAGGGCGUGCGGGGCCUCUACCGGGGCAUUGCCCCCAACUUCAUGAAGGUUAUCCCUGCUGUGAGCAUCUCCUAUGUGGUCUACGAGAACAUGAAGCAGGCCCUGGGGGUCACGUCCAGGUGA